CAAGGAGUGAGUAUAAAAACCGCUGACCAGCUGCUCAGCCACCAAUCACGCAACCACUACCUUCAGCAACGACGAGCCAGCACUCGACAUGAGGCAAAAAGAUGCAACAGCCAUUCUUUUUUGGAUUAUGGGAGCAAUGAUCAUGCUGCCAGUCUCGAUGUUUCAUGACCACAUUGGCCGACAGGAUGACAAAAUCAACAAGGUCCUCACCCGAAGGAACAUGGAUUACCCAGGCCCUGGAUGUCAGCGCUGGCAGUUCAAGUUCCAAAAGACUUUGCAAUGGACGGUGGAAGACUUUCAUGUUUAUGACGAUUGCGAGACGAUGUGCAGAGUUGUGUUUCUGGAGGAUUUCACAGCAGCUCUCAAUGCGACCAACACCAAGGAAGGAGAGGAGAGGAAACUUGAUGGGUGCGUGGCUGAUAGUGGUGUUUGUGCUGGUUUAUCUCUAGGAACCUUUCAGACGGACAAAUCUUGUCACUGCAGGACGAUCUUGAUUGCGCUUCGUCUGCACGGAGGCUCAGACUGCAAGCGAGACAAACUGCAUAAAAGGAUUGCUCAGAAGCUUGUUGGACAUGACCGGAACACUGAAGAUGUUGGACAUAACUGGAACAUUAGAGAUGAACCUGAAAUUCUUCAAUCAGGUUUAUAUUGUCACCAACGCAAGGCAAGCCAUUGUUCGUGUGCAACGUUGGACCCAAAAUACCACUACUACGGUCUUCCGCAUGGAAAAGAGUGUCCUGCCGAGGUGAGGGGAACAUCUACCGUUCCUUGAAUAUCGAUGAUACAGAACAUAUUUCUACUCAAAGAAGAGCCUGAAUGCUGCUUGACCUUCAAAUGAAAG